AUGACCGACCUCCCCUACGACUAUACAAGUUGGCAAUUCCUCGACGCCAUCGGACAGGCAUCGACUCUGCAACCGCAGCUGCAGACCGACGAGGCCAUGAGUCUUGCCUUUGAGUUCCCCUCUCACGGCCACGGCGAGUGCGACUUUGCGAUGCUCAGCUCGGAUAAUUGCCUGGCUUACGGACAAACUUCGGCAAAGACGGCGGCGACAGGGUUUAUGCACACGCAUUCACCGCCAGUUGAGAUGGCGAUGUUUGCGCAGGGGAUGGAAUUUCGAGAUGCCUUUAUUUCAGUACCUCCAUUCCCCGACCUCACCCCCGACACGGACCUGUCCCUCCUCCGCUCCACAUCCCACAAUGCCACCGAGCGAGCCCUGUUCAUGACCAUCCCAUCCAGCACCACCUCCCCUUCAUCGUCCUCGUCAUCGUCCUCGUCAUCAUUGUCAUCUACGUCAAACCAGCAGUUCUCAUCCCCAACGCUGGACCCCUGCACCCCCAGCACAACAAGCAAAGAAAGCGACGAAGACUGGGACCGCGAACUCGGCCCCAACGCCUCGCUCCAUUUCUACAAAUUGCCCGAUAGGCUCGACUCCAUCCCUCCCUCCUUCCAAUCAGUCCAGCGCCACCAGCGCCACGUGCAUCAUCCUCCUCCGCGGGUAAAUAGUCACCACGACGACGAGGCGGCGGACACGCUAACACCCCUGGAAAUGCCCGACGGCAGUACCCGCUUCACGGCGAAUUGGCUGCCUGUCGACCCGACGGGCGGGUUCACCAUUGGUUUUGAGGAUGUGUCUGUGUCUCAAUCUGCGUCUGCGAUGGAGUUUGGUUCUCAUGGCUAUGGCUAUGGCCAGGCACACGGGGUCGGGGAUGGGUAUGACCCCGUCUCGAUGGAAUUCAGCAAGGAGGCGUUUAUCCAGAUGCCGGCGUGA